AUGUCUGGAGCUGAACCACCCUAUGAAGAAAUGAAGCGGGCUAGCGAAUUGAGUCCAGCCCAAAAGGUAUCGAAGUUUGGAUCCUUUGUAGCUGGUGGAUUAGCGGCAUGUGUUGCAGUUACUGUAACAAAUCCAAUUGAGUUAGUUAAGACAAGAAUGCAAUUACAAGGUGAAAUGUCCGCUACAAAUCAACAAGUUUACAAGAAUCCAAUACAGGCAAUGGUAAUUAUUUUCCGUAAUGAGGGCUUUGUAUCUCUACAAAAGGGUCUUCUGGCAGCAUAUGUGUAUCAGAUUGCAUUAAAUGGAUCACGUUUAGGUCUUUACGAACCUUCAAGAGGAUUUGUGAAUAAGAUCUUUUAUCCCGACGAGGAACCUCACAAAGUGCAGAAUCCUGCGAUUAAUGUAUUCUGUGGUGCAGCAGCAGGUGUAUUCGGUGCAGUGUUGGGGUCUCCAUUGUACAUGGUUAAGACGAGGCUCCAAUCAUAUUCUUCAACCGUUUCUAUUGGUGAACAAACUCGUUACAACGGCGUUUGGGAUGGAUUAAAGACAGUUUAUAGGGGAGAAGGCAUUAAAGGUCUUUUCAGAGGUAUUGAAGCUGCCAUGCUCAGAACAGGUGUAGGAUCUGCCGUACAACUACCUAUCUACAACGUCGUAAAAGGUUUCAUCAAGGAUAACGAUCUGAUGAGAGAAGGUACGUCAUUACACCUUACAGCAAGUACAGUUGCUGGUAUCGGUGUUGGUAUCGCAAUGAAUCCAUGGGAUGUUAUCUUGACGAGAAUUUACAAUCAAAAGGGUGAUCUCUACAAGGGCCCAAUUGAUUGUUUCAUCAAAACAGUUAAGAUCGAAGGACCAGGAGCACUUUACAAGGGUUUCCAAGCCCAGCUCUUUAGAAUUGCUCCUCAUACUAUCUUGUGUCUGACGAUGAUGGAAAAAACGAUGAACCUUGUUUACAACAUCGAACAAAGAACCUUCGCAUAA